AUGUCCAAGACUAAGGUUUCCACCAAGGCUGAGAAGCCCUCCAAGACCAUUAACAAGGUCAAGGAUGCUGCCGUCACCAAGGCUACCAAGGCCAAGACCGCCGCCAAGGAGGAUAAGGCCUCCAAGAAGAACAAGAAGAAGGAGCCUACCCCCAGCUCCUCCGAGUCCGAGUCCGACAGCGAUGAGGAUAUGAAGGAUGCUUCCAGCUCCAGCGAAUCCGAGUCCGAGUCUGAGGAUGAGAAGCCCGUUCCCAAGAAGGCCGACAAGAAGGCCGCUGCCAAGGCUGAGUCUUCUGACUCAUCCGACUCCUCUGACUCCGAGUCCGAGGAUGAGAAGCCCGCCCCCAAGAAGGCCGCCGCCAAGGCAGAGUCUUCCGAUUCUUCCGAUUCCUCCGACUCCGAGUCUGAGGAUGAGAAGCCCGCCAAGAAGGACACUAAGAAGGAAGAGUCCUCUGACUCUUCCGACUCCUCUGACUCCGAGUCCGAGGAGAAGCCCGCUAAGAAGGCCGAGUCUUCCGACUCCGAGUCUGGCUCCGACUCUGACAGCUCCGACUCCGAGUCUGAGUCUGAGAAGGAGACCGUCUCCAAGAAGCGCAAGGCUGAUGACGAGCCCGAGGCUGCUGCGAAGAAGUCCAAGACUGCUGAUGCUCCCGAGGGUGCCUCCGCCAACCUCUUCGUCGGUAACCUCUCCUGGAACGUCGACGAGGAGUGGCUCCAGCGUGAGUUCUCCGAGUUCGGUGAGCUUUCCGGCUGCCGCAUUGUCACCGACCGUGAGUCCGGUCGCUCCCGUGGAUUCGGUUACGUUGAGUUCACCAACGCUGCCGAUGCCGCCAAGGCCAUGGAGGCCAAGAAGGGUUCCGACCUCGACGGCCGUACCAUCAACCUUGACUACGCUACUGGCCGUCAGAACAACCAGCAGGGCGGUGACCGCGCUCAGGCCCGUGCCCGUUCUUACGGUGAUCAGACCAGCCCCGAGAGCGACACACUCUUCGUUGGCAACCUUCCUUUCAGCGCUACUGAGGAUGCUCUCCACGAGGUCUUCGGUGCCCAGGGCAGCGUCCUCGGCAUCCGUCUGCCUACCGAGCAGGAGACCGGCCGCCCCAAGGGUUUCGGUUACGUCCAGUUCGCUUCCAUUGAUGAGGCCAAGACCGCCCACGGUGCCCUCCAGGGUGAGGAGAUCGAGGGUCGCGCUAUCCGUCUCGACUUCAGCACUCCCCGUCCCCAGGGUGGUGACCGUGGUGGCUUCGGCGGUGGCCGUGGAGGUGGUCGCGGUGGUGGCCGUGGCGGCUUCGGUGGUCGCGGCGGCGGCGGUGGCUUCGGCGGCCGUGGUGGUGGUGGCCGUGGAGGCGGUCGUGGUGGCUUCGGUGGUGGCCGCGGCGGUGCCAUCAACAAGGGCAAGGGUAGCAUCCCCGAGUUCAAGGGCACCAAGAUGACCUUCUAA